AUGUUACGCUUUGUACUAUUCCUUGUUGUUACUUUUGCUAAAGAAUCCCUGGUUUUUACUGAAUUAAAAAACGAAGAUGGUGAUGCUGUUGGAUUUACAGCAAUAGAAUUUGAUAUGUGUUAUUAUUAUAAAAAUAACAUAUCUGUGUAUUUUACUCAUGAUGGAGAUAUGGUUACAGUCAGGUUAUAUAACAGUUCAUCUUCAUGCUCUGGUGUUAGAAUAGAACAAAAUUUAAAUAUACAUGAUGACGCUUUGAAAAAUUAUUGUGAAAAUCCAAUUAGAUGCUCUGUUGAGAUAAAAAAGCCACCAAAACAUAUUGGAUUCCAUAGCUUAGUACAAGAUGAUAAGAAUUGUACACAUCGUGAUAAUACAAUCAGAGCAUAUUAUACUGGUAAAUGUUAUAAAUGUAAUGUGGGUAAAAAUUAUUAUUGUAAUUACAAUGAAGAAAAUGGGUAUAUGUGGGAAAAUGUUUAUCAAAACAAUAAGUGUACUAGUAAAGAAAGAGUAUCAAGAACAAAUCAAUGGGAAUGUAACGUUUGUAAAAAUGGUUUUAUGUUCCAAUGUGGUUCAAUGUCAACAACAGUUAUUUCUAUCAUUAUUCUUCUUUCUUUAGUCCUUUAA